AUGAGCAAACUCUUACUACUCUUUUCGGCUCUGUCAAUGGUAGCUUGCCAGAUGCUAGCCCUUGAGAUGGAGGUCUGCCCUGUUCCAGUUGUUUUGCAGCCAAUUGUGUUCAUAAGGAAGACCCCAGUGCUCCUCAGUACUGAGCUAUGUGAGAAGACCAUUCUCACACUAGGUAAUACAAUAUUCCCUGUCAAUCUUGUGCCGACUAUUGUGGAAGCAACGUAUGAAGUAGUCACAACCUUCACUUCAACUGCUACUGUAUCCCGAGAUAGAAAGCCCAAUAUCAACCAACCAUCCAAUAAUAUAAUUGGCACCGAAUCAAGAGUCCGAGCCGAAACUCUAGGCACGGGUGAACCAUCUCCUUCCAGUAGUUUCUCGAAUACAGGCAACAUCCCGGUUCCGACUGGGACGGCUUCAACUGCUGAGACUUCAUUGACGGGAGGCAGUUCACUCAGUAAAUCCGGUAGCACUUCAGGCCAAGAAAGGUCUACAAGCCAGAGAGGGCCUUCUGGAACUGGUAGCCCUCCCACUAGCUCUACAGGCCAAGGUUUCCCUACAAGCUCUACAGUCCAAGAGUCCUCAAGUUCUGGCAGCCCUCCCGCUAGCUCUGCAGGUCAAGAUUCCUCAGGUUCUGCCAGCCCUCCUGCCACCUCUACAGGCCAAGUUUCCCCUACAAGCUCCACAGGCCAAGACGCCUCAGGUUCUAGCAGCCCUCCCGCCAGCUCUACGGGCCAAGGCCCCCCUGUCAGCUCUACAGACCGAAGUCCCUCCGGAAGUAGUAACUCUCCUACAAGUUCUACAGGUCAAGCGGGGUCUACAAGCCAAGGAGGAUCUUCGGAAACUGGUAGCCCUCCCGCCAGCUCCACAGGCCAAGGCCCCCCUGUCAGCUCUACAGACCGAAAUCCCUCCGGAGGUAGUAACCCUCCUACAAGUUCUACAGGUCAAGUGGGGUCUACAAGCCAAGACUCCUCAGGUUCUAGCAGCCCUCCCGCCAGCUCUACGGGCCCAGGGGGCUAUUCAGGAACUAGUAGUUCAUUGCCAAGCUCCACAGUGGCGACCGGGGACGGUUCAAGCUCUGCUACAGGAACGACGCAAACCCAGUCAAGCAGCACUUCAUCAACGAAAGAAAGCUCUACUACCUCCAUUAGCCUAUGUAUCAUCACAGCAACGCCAGUUCCAGAGUGUUGCUUAAACGAGCUCCCUGAUGGAUGUCAGGCUUUAGAAACUACCAAUGGGGUGGCUCUCAAGCCUAUCAUUCCAGAGUGUGAGAACGCUCUAGGAAGUUACAUUACCAACGACAUGAAGGAGUGCUGGGCAGGAGAGUUUACAGAUCAAUCCCGAGGACAAUAUAUUGCAGACUGCCUUCUCUACGAGCUUGAGGAUUGCUGCAUUACCUCGCUGCCUCAAGCCUGCAGCGAUCUUCGAGGCAAGACCGAUUCUGCCGUCGUAGAUGGUGCUGACCAGUGUCGUCAUGCACUCGGGCCCUUUGUUCAUGGGAUUGCCUCCCCAUGCCUGGAUAAGGAUAAUAUCACUAAUCAGACUCAGGGCCAGAGUAUUGUUGACUGUUUGGAGGUUGCGUAUGGUUUCCGAUCUGGUCCGGUCACAAUCACUGAUGGAGAGAUAUGCCCUCGAACUACUAGCCCAUGA